UUUGAGGUUUUGUGGCGGUUGUUGACGCUCUGCGGAACUUAGAACACUUGCUUCCUUGUGCUUGGCCAAGCCUUGUGAGUGCACACAGACCAUGGAGGCGCCCAAGCAGUCUUGCUACUAGAAAAGAACCCUGUGUGGAAGUCUGACAGGUGGCCCAUCUCUGCGCCUCCUCCUGAGGAAUCUGGCUUUCCCAGGUGACUUCUGAAGUAUGUUAGCCCACAAUGUGUCCACAUUCUGUGACCCGAUACUGACACCCCACUUAACCACGCUCUACGGCGCAGUGCUCGUGGGAGGGCUGGUGGGUGUCAUCUCCAUCCUGUUCCUGCUGGCGAAAAUGAACACGCGCUCUGUGACCACCACGGCCGUCGUCAACCUGGUGGUGGUCCACAGCGUGUUUCUGCUGACCGUGCCGUUCCGCCUGGCCUACCUCGUGAGGCACGAGUGGUUGUUCGGCUUGCCCUUCUGUAAGUUCGUGAGCGCCAUGCUGCACGUCCACAUGUACCUCACCUUCCUGUUCUACGUGGUGAUCCUGGCCAUCAGGUACCUCAUCUUCUUCAAGCGCAAGGACAAAGUGGAGUUCUACAGGAAGCUGCACGCCGUGGCCGCCAGCACCGCCAUGUGGCUGCUGGUGGUCGUCAUCAUGGUGCCGCUGAUCGUUUCUCAGUACGGGAAUAACGAGGAGUACGAGGAGCGACAGUGCUUCAGGUUCCACAAGGAGCUGGCGCACCCCUCGGUGCAGGUGGUCAACUACCUGAUAGUCAGUGUGGUCAUCGCCACUGCGGCCGUCCUCCUGGUCCUCCAGGUUAUCAUCACCAUGUCCAUGGUGCGGAAGCUGCGCCACUCCUUAUUCUCCCACCAGGAGUUCUGGGCCCAGGUGAAAAACCUGUUUUUCAUCGGGGUCAUCUUUACUUGCUUCCUCCCCUACCAGUUCUUCAGGCUCUAUUACUUGUACACGGUGGCCCACUCCAAUCACUGCCACGACAACGUGGCGUUUUACAAUGAAAUCUUCUUGAGUGUGACAGCGAUCAGCUGCUUUGAUUUGCUGCUCUUCGUUCUUGGAGGAAGCCACUGGUUUAAGCAGAAGAUAAUCGACCUGUGGCGUUGCCUUUUGUGCCGUUAGCCGCAGCGCUCAGAUUUCCUUCCUGCACACUGGGAGUGAAAACGGGAACCGGGAGGUCGGAAUGCUCUCUCCUUACUGAUGAAAACCAGGGCUGGAUGCAGCCACACAAAAGGACUGUACGGUGUCAGAGCAUUUGUUCCAGUCCUCGUUUAAUCCCUGCCGUGUACAAUGCUACCCAUCCAAAGACUAGGGAUGUUCAGUCCACCUGGAGUUGCAAUAGUGCAUUCUUUUCCAAUAACAAAAGGUCUACUUGGCCCAUCCAAGCACUGUGGGUGUAAUGGUUUCUGAACUUGAUGAGGUUAUGUUAGUUCCCUCAGUUUGAAAACAUGGUCUUUUCUUAAGCUUUGGCCAGGACUCAGCUCUGUAGUUCUUUUCAUUCCACUUAAAACCUUAGGUAAAUUAAUGCUGGCUGUGAUUCAGCUCCAAAGCCAAAAACGCUACUUUGCUAACCAGAUAAGAUGUCCAUUCAACUGACCUCCUGACAAAAACCAGUUAAGGGGGGGAGAACGGUAAGAAACUUUUCUAGAUUAUCAUAACUUUGGUCGGAAGUCACUUAUGUAGAAAUCAACAGAAACAGAACUCUUCCUGGCCUACUUCAACAAGAAGGUUAUCUAGAUUUACCCUUUGAAAGGUCAAGUUUAAGGACUUGGAUCCACGCCCUCAGUAUCUCCACAAAUCCUUACAGAACUUAUUGAACAUGUCUAAAUAACGGUGAGAGUGAAACCGAAUAUUCCUGACCAAUAUGCUGCUAGGCAUGAAAAUGAGUUCCCACGGGAAGUGAUUAAAAGUUUUUUUCCUUUUCCAUUUUUGAAGACUUUCUUGGUUGACAGGCAAUUUAGAUUUUCCUUGAAGACAGAAAGUUAUACUGUAAUCUUUAGAGUUCCCUUUAACCCUCAAAGUUAUGUCUUUAAAUAAAUGAAAAGGAUAUUCUUUAAAAUAGAACUUUUGAGAAAUAUGUAGAAAAAUCAUUAGAUUAUGAGAUCAGGCUGCUAAAUUGAUACAUAGGCUUAUAGGUUUUCUUCUGUCCUGCCCAUAUUUCUAUUAUUCCCCUGAAAGUUUCAUAUUUUCAAAACUUUCCAAGGAACUGAUCCAGUUUCAUAUUUAAUGCUUCAGAAAACCUGAAGCAAUUCAUGGUAGGAAUAGAACUGAAUGAAUUAAGGCUUUUUUUUUCCCCCCAGCAAGGUAAAUGUUCAAGAUUUAAAGAUUUUUCUUAAUUUGCUAUACUAUAUGAAUCCACAAAUUCAUCAGAUAAAUAAGAAAUACCCUGUGAGUUUCUAUGAUUACUAAAAUUACUGAGUCAUAAAAAUUAAUUUUGAGGAAGAAAAAGCAACAACAUACUGUAUAUGACUUGUUCCCAAAUUUUUUCCUGUUUUAAGUUUUCUUUUUUGUAUCCUUUGUUGUCUUUUAAAUUAUAUUUUGUACUUCUUAUUUGUCUUCAUUUCCCACUUUUCUUAGUUUUUUAUUUUCCUCACUUUGGUCCAUAACAUUUGUAAGAAAAUGUCUAACCCAUAAAAAUGUUAAGAAAAUUUGUAACACUCAUAAAAUUUGUAAGACAAUAAUUAUAGCAAAAUAUUUAAAAAUUAAAAAAAAUUACUUACAGGAAUUAUACCAAGUUUCUCUUCUUAUAUAUCUAUGUCUUACUAUCAUAAUAUUUGUUAGCUUGUAGAUUGUAUUAUAAUCUCUUCCACAUUUUAAAUAUGUGAGGUCAGGCAA